UGAGACUCACGGCUGCUUGGAGAGUUUUUGACAAACACUUCGGAUUUGUCUCUCAAAACCCCCCGCGAUAACCUGAGGGACACGACACCCACUCACACCGCUUAAAUUCAUCAGCAACGUUUAUCCUAGAAAGUAACGGGAGCUUCUAUCAUUUCAUGAAAGACCGGGACGUGGCCAAACAAUGGACACAGCGCAGUCUAUCGCUGAAUAUUCACGGAACGGGACUGAGUAGCCACAAGGAGAAGACAAUAACAGAAGUCAGAGAAACGGCGCGCCACAAAGGAGGGCAAAGCAGGACGCGUGUUUGCAGAGAAGCAGUGCCAUAGCUGUGUAUAACAUCUGAGUUACUUUGUUAUUCUGGCUCCUUUCAUGCUGUUUCGGCCAGCGGUUUCUCAACUCGCACCUGAAAAAAAACAAAACAAAGCAAAAAUGCGUUCAGUGGCAGAACAUCUCCAUGCGUAAAUGGAGACUCUUUGCGUAUUGCUCGCACCUUUUUUUAUGCGUCCAAUGAAUUGUGCUUGUUUUGUCACUAACUCGCGCCCAGUCCCAUGACCGCACUGGUAUAGAUGCAUUAUAGACUUCCUCAUACUUCAUAUCUGCCAUGAGUGAUGGCGUUGUCUGCAGAAUCUGACUGUAUAGGUGCGCAGAGCAGCACUUAUAAAAAGAGCUUAAGCGCAUCGGAUCGCAACGGUUAUGUGAAAACAUGUGUUAUCCCACUGUGCAGUGACCGAGUUUGUGAGUCGUGGAUACGGCUAAUGUUCCUAAAAAUAUGGAGUUCCCAGAGACUCCGAAGUGCGGUGUGCGUGGGGUCGCUUUCGGUUUUUCUCGCUCUGUUGGUCAAAUGUGCAGACUGGAAAACUGAAGCCAGCCGCGGCGGUGACAGCAGACCCUCGCAUUCAUCGCCUUCCCCUCACUUCGUUACAGGCUGCGCGGCGGAGCUGUUGCAAACUUGCUGGAGCGUGGUUUCGCCAUUGUUCACCCUCCUGUGUGCCUUCUUUUGGGUCGGUGUGUACUUAGUCCGCUGUGGGGUUCUAAUCCAGAAUGCCCUCUCCCUCCUAACCUUGUGCCACCUAGGCGAAGCAGCGGCGUGGUCUCUCCUGGACGGGACAGAUGAGCAACUGUUUUCAUCCAGAACAGCGGCCGCGGUCGUGCUGGUCUGCGUGGCCACCAGUGUACUUAUUGUAGCACGGCUCAAUCAGGGCAUAUCUGUGAUCGUUUUCAUCAGCAUAGUCAGGACUAUUUCACUCAUCUCGCUGCAUAAAGUACGGGCCAACUGGAGACCGUACGUAGCGUACCUAGUCGGAGUUCUGGGCAUCCUGCUGGCGAGGUAUGCUGAUAAGCUCCUUCCCAACCAGGGGAGACACAAGGAGGGCUGCACCCCCGUGACUGGAGCCAGGAAAGAGAUCCCUGUAUUUAAAAGGCGCAGGAGGUCCAGUUCUGUGAUACCCUCAGACAUGGCACACAGUCACUCCAACAGUAAGUCACAUCGCCGGACCUCUUUGCCAUGCAUCCAGAGGGACCAGAUGCUGCCCCGCUCAGACUGGGACCACAAGAGAGGCUCCCGAGGAUCACAGUCGUCAGGCACCACAGUCAUGGUCGACAUAGCAGUGAUGGGAGAAGCCCAUGGACUAAUCACAGACCUACUGGCUGACCCCUCUCUGCCCCCAAACACCUGCACCUCACUGCGGGCUGUCAGCAACCUGUUAACUACCCAGCUCACCUUCCAGCCACUGCACCGGCCACGUCCUACUCCCCUGCUUAACCCCAGCGAUGCCUACACCUGCUCCGACUCAGAAGACGGACCCGAGAAAGGAGAGAAGACAUCCAUCCACAAACGCCUGAGGCGAAGUCUUCACCCUAGUCUUUUAAGGAGGCUCUCUUCCACGUGGACCACCACCACCUCCGCCACAGGCCUGCCCACCAUUGAGCCCGGGCCCGUCCGAAGGGACCGCAGUGCCAGCAGCAAACCUUACCAUGAAACGCUCAUCUGCAGCUGUGGGAGGCCGUACAUCAAACUGAGCCAUGGGGAGGGCUCUCUAGACAAGGGAGACAGGGUACCACGCUCAGCAGAGGACCAAGUUGUUGCGUCAUCAGACUACGACAGCACCCACGAAGCCAACCACAGUGACAGCAGUGAUAUAGCACAUACAGAGAAGGACACGGAGGAAGGAAAAAACCCCGCCCAGAAUGUCAUCCUCCACCCACUAAUACCUCCUGAGGACAAACCAAUUUUGGCUCCAGAGCCAUUAGUAAUGGAGGAUUUAGAGCCUCUAAUGAGUCAGUUAAACAAUUGGAACUUCCCCGUUUUCAGCUUGAUGGAAAGGACCAGUGGGAAAUGUGGACGCAUCCUCAGUCAGGUUGCUUACAGGCUCUUUGAAGACACAGGCCUGUUUGGGACCUUUCAGAUCCCUGUAAAAGAAUUCAUGAACUACUUCCACGCCCUUGAGAAUGGUUACAGAGACAUACCAUAUCACAACAGGGUCCAUGCCACAGAUGUGUUUCAUGCAGUCUGGUACCUCACCACACAGGCUGUGCCUGGUCUGCCCAGCCUCAUUACUGACCAUGGCUCUGUCAGUGACUCAGACUCGGACAGUGGGAUCACACACAGUCAUAUGGGCUUCCUGGUUUCAAAGACCUACACUGUGUCAGAAGAUGGUUAUGGCUGCCUGUCUGGCCUCAUACCUGCUCUGGAGCUCAUGGCACUUUAUGUGGCUGCUGCAAUGCACGACUACGACCAUCCUGGGCGGACUAACGCUUUCCUUGUGGCCACCAGUGCCCCACAGGCAGUGCUCUACAAUGACCGAUCUGUUCUAGAAAACCACCACGCUGCUGCCGCCUGGAACCUCUUCAUGUCACAGCCAGAGUAUAACUUUCUCGUCAACCUGGACCACGUGGAGUUCAAGCGUUUCCGUUUCCUGGUCAUUGAGGCCAUACUGGCCACGGAUUUGAAGAAGCACUUUGACUUUGUGGCUGAGCUCAAUGCCAAGGUAGGUGAUGAGCCAUCUGCAAGUAUUGAUUGGUCCAAUGAGAACGACAGGUUGCUGGUCUGCCAAAUGUGCAUUAAACUGGCUGACAUCAACGGGCCUCUGAAAUGCAAAGACCUGCAUCUGCAGUGGACAGAGGGCAUUGUCAAUGAAUUCUAUGAACAGGGUGAUGAGGAGUCCAGCCUGGGGCUUCCCAUCAGCCCCUUCAUGGACCGAGCUGCACCACAGUUGGCUAAACUCCAAGAAUCAUUUAUAACUCAUAUUGUGGGACCACUGUGCAACUCCUACGACUCAGCCGGCCUCAUGCCUGGACGAUGGGUGGAGCCCAACCCAGAUGCAGAAGAGCCAGAGGUCAUGGAGAAUGAGGAGGAGGAUGACGAGGGUACCACAGAGGAAGACUCAUCCACCAGCUCAGAAGCAUCACAGAAAGCAGCUCCCAAGAAGAGGAGGAAAGUCUUCUGCCAGAUCACCCAACACCUUCUGGAGAACCAUGAGAUGUGGAAGAAGGUGAUCGAAGCAGAGGGCCCAGGAGCGGAAUCUCCCCAUUUAAACAAUGUAGCUGAGCCUAUUCUGGCUAUUCAUGAGGAGGAGGAGGAGCCAGGGAGCAGAGAGGAGCUGGUAGAAGGAGAGGAUCCAGAGGAGGGAAUUGGGGAACCAGAGUGGCCUGUGACUCUGCGGGAAGAAUCCAAACCUCCAGAGGAACUACAGGAGGGGGACCCAGAGUGAAACAGCCCAUGGGAAAUAUGGCAUCAGUCAGGGCAAGGAUGUGAAAAAGUAUUUCUUUUUUCUUAUCUUAUCAGCUGACUCCUGUUUUUGCCAGCACAUCACUUAGACACAACACUGUAGAUGUUUUGGAAAUGUGUGCCUAUAUAAAGAAAAAACAGGGUGGGAAAAUUUGUGCUUUACACAUUUUAUCUGAAUAUCUGGUUUCACCAAACAUUUUAAGGAGCUUUCCAUAUUGCAAUACGGGAUUAUUCAUGUACUUCGGGAUACAGACUCUUUUGCUACUGUCAAGACAAGAGGACGACAGGUUGCACAGACCUCAACCCAGUGUGGUAACACAGGACUGCAGAAAUCUGCUGCCAAUUUAUACAUAACUAUUUUCUGAAUGCAAUUAUAUAUAGACAUCACAGUUACUUGUAUUUGUGUUUUUAUUUUAGCAAGUUUUUGAGGCCUUGCAUGGGCCAUAAUGUUUUUACCUAUAUAUGGCUUAUAAAGGGAGUCAAAUGAGGCACAUUGGCAUGUCGUUCUUCCUUUCAGCUUCUGCUAAAAUUAAUCAGUCACCCGUGGGCUUUAGCAUACAAAAUCAAAUAUUUAUACAUUUUAUGUUCUAUAUUUGUUGCCGAAUUAAGUACGUUAUAAUAUUUGGUUUAGCCAUGUUUGUUUAAGGAGGAAAACUUGAGGUUUAUCACACUCUGUAUGUGUAUGAUUGGAUGUGUGUGUGUGUGUUUGUGUUUAAAUUAAUGCACUGAUAUGCGCAAUUCUUCUGCAGAGGGCGCAGGCAGAAUGAGCAGAUUAGCUGUUAUUUGUGUUAUCUGUUCUUUGGUCUCCAGUUCCAAGGUAAAUAUAGCAGCCGGUGAAAGCUUCACAAUCCUAAAAGUUUCAGUACAGAGGUACACAAACCAACAGUGGGUUACAGGAAAUGAAUCUGUGCUGCAAAUAGACCAAAAAAGGGAGAACACAGAAGACACACUAACGUUCCCAUGUUGUCAUGUCAAAUGUUGGGGGAUUAAAAGGGACAAAAAAACAACCAAACAGGCACAGUAACUAUGCAUUGAUGAAGCAUUAUAUAAAACCAGACAGUAUAAUCUAUUAAACAACAAUCUCCCUAAAUAGAAAAAUGGUUUUUAAAGUGUGACCAAUACAGUGCCCAUUUGUCUUUUCCCUUAAUUUUUGAUCCCCUGAAUACAUAUUAGGCUUCACUGAACUGCAUUAAAGUCUGUAUUUACUGGUCCUCAUUAUGUAAAUACCAGCAAACGGUGCCAACCUUAAACCCUCAGGAAACUCACGACCGUUGAAAUUCAGAACAAACAUCUCUGUCACCUGUGAGUGAGUACAGUAAGUUAAAAACAGGCAGGGAGAGUAGGGUAGUUGAGAAUAUGUUCAUAAGCUGGAGUUUAUGUCAUCAAUCCAGACUUUUCUGCUUUGCCUGGUGUUAACAUUGUUACAGAUAAACACAGUUAAUACAUCUGAAUUCUUCUCCUGGCACCUCAGGGUGGCAUUCAUUCCCUCAGAACAAAUCUCUGAAGCUAAUUGCUUUAGCUGUUCGAUCCUGGUAGAAAAGGUGGUUCUUUUUUUAAUGGCAUUGAUAUACAGUGAAUAACAUUGUCGCUUUGUUGACCUAUAAUGCACAUCACCUGGUCAGUGUUUUCUUAUUGCCUCAUAAUGACUUUGCAAAUUUUUGUUUUAAUUUUAGCGAGAAUGUUGAUUUAAAAAAUUAUCACCCAGUACAUUUAAGUGUUUAAAUCGGAUGCUAAAUAGCAAAGAAAACUGCUUUCCAAGAAUUUCCAAUAGACAUAAAAUGUUUCUAAAAGGUGCUUUUUGUCAUAUGUUGGGAGUAAAUGUCACAUUGCUCUACACACAUAACAUAAUAGUGCAAAGGUCAGGACCUGAUGAGAAAAUGUAAUGUGUACUAGAAGACUCAAGGUUACAGUAGCCCCUACUCUACUUUCAACUAAGUGAAAGCCAUGAGAUAAACCACAUAUCCAACUGCAUAGUGGCUCCAGUAGGAUGCUCACUUUACUUUAAUAAUUCACAUUUACAUAGAAAAGAUGACUGACAGACUCUAAGUAGCUCUUAAAGUGCCCUGCACUAUGUUGACAUGUCUGCUUACUGUCACAUAGUGCAGUGAGGCAAUAUGUAGUGAAUUAUCCACUGCUAAUUUUGUUGAGUUCUCAUGACCUACAUUCACAUCUGAGUGCGGUGGCUUCUCACACUGUACCGCUGCUUCCUUUCAAUAUCAUUAUUCUUUAAAAUGAUCAUCAAAAAGCAGAAGAGAACAUGUCAGUCUAUAGAUGGUCUAUGACAGAGCUUCACUCUGAAUGAAAUUACAUCAGAUACUGAGCAGUGUGUCCUUGUUUCCAUGCAGUUCCUGAAUUUAUUGUACUCUGUUACCAUGCGAUGUUUUUGGCUAUGGUAAAUAAUAGGAACUCACUCUACUGCAGCUUAGGCCACACAAGUUCAAGAUGGGUAGUUUACCCAGUGGUUAGAAAAGCAUUAAACAGAUACAGUAUCUUACACAACACACCUGCUGCUUUCUGUAGGUGUGUUCCCUGAAAUGCAUCCCUAAUGAGCUAUAAUCAUUGUUUCAGCUAUGAGACAUCAGCCAGUGUUAUUUAGGAAACUAUUAGAUUAACACAACUGUCUUUAUUGAAGUGGCCCAGAACUAGUGAAACCUACUUUUUAGUAUCAUUAAUUGGGACAGUGUAACUUCUAUAUGUAGUUAUGAUUUCAGCUCCUACUUUCUUAAUACUUUGUUAAUGUACAUAUACAGUAUACAGUGUGCAUGUGUGUCUGUGUUUGUGUCUGAUUGCUUCUCUAAUGUGACUCCGUCCAGCUUGUAGUGUUGAAAAGAGGAGGAUGCUACUCUUACUAACAGAUAGAGAUGGUGAGGUGAUGGAGGGUGAGGGUGAUGCAGUAAGUAGUUCAUCAAUUCUUCUCAGAUACUCUGGUGAAAUUGUUAUUCACAGAAGGCCCUUUAGCAUAACUCUCCUUGUGCUUCCUCUUUGAUCUACAUGCUGCUUAGCCUGCAGAUCAGAGCUUGUCAUCCUGAUGGAAUUCUGUCCACUGUUUUAAUUUGUUGGUGAUCAAAAAACAUUUUUUAAUGUGUGUGAUGUAUGAAAUUUGCCCCCACUCAAAUCAGUCUCAAGUCAGUUCUUGCAUUAUAUCAGUUUUGAUAGUGUUUUUUCUUGUCUGUAUUUGUUUCAUAUGAUUGUCGUACUUAUUCACACAUGUAGCAUAAUUGUAACCACGGGAACCAAACAAGCUUUAUGAUUAUGUAAACAAAAAUGAGAUGAGUAUUUUUAUAUAGUUGACACAUAAUUAAAUAAUGAAUUGCUUUCUUCUCACUACUACCUUGCACUUACUACAUGUACUAAUACCUAAACAAGGAAGAACAUGUCCAAAUACACAGGAGUUGUGAAAAUAAACGAACUAACUUCCUUGUAGGUUAAUGCUCCAUUUUGUACAAUAAACAUAUAUUCUGUACAGCAAAGAAAUUUUAAAACCACAAAACUCUUUUAGAUAUGCAUUAUUUAUUUUUACCAUUUUGUAAUUUAGACACUAUACUGUAGCUUCAAUAUUGCCAGACUUACUGGAAGUGCCUAUGCUGGUAUUAUGUAUCAUACAGUGAAUAUAUUUGAAGAUGAUUAGAAGUUGUCACAAACUGAACCAUGUGGAUGUUGUAAUGUGAAUACAUUGAAUUACAAGACUAUAAUUUCUGUGGUAUCUCCUUGUCUGUGUUGUGUUAAUUUUUCAUCUUUUGAGUCAUAUGAAAAUGUACAAGAUAAUGGUACAUCAUGACAACAUUUCCCUGCAAGGUCAAGAUGCCAUGUUUCCUCAAGACUGUUUUUAUGUCUGAGUUAAGUCUUGACAGUUUUAUCCACUUCCCCAGAAUGGAUGUGACCUUUCUGUUAAAUUUUAGAGGUUUUAUGUAUAGUUUUGGGACCAAACUGAUUCAGUAAAUUCCUAAUCAUUUUAAUGUAUUACAGUCUCAAUUCUUUGAUAUUUGGCUAUGUUGAAUUAGAAACAGGACAGAACACAAGUCCCUCUGUAACCAGAUGGAGUAUGUCUGCCCAUGCUGCAUUAAAGUUGAAUGUUUUGCUUAAGAUACAAUAUUGAUAUAUCUACAAUUCUGAUGGUUGUAUUGAAUAAUAUAUGAAGGAAUACAUUACAUGACUGUAUUUGCAGUUUAAUAGUAAUGACAGAAUGUUGUGAAUGAUUCUGUUUUUAGAGUGCAGCUGAGGGAAGCACACACACACACACAUCCUCAUAUGCCAGUUGUAGCAGAUGGCACUGGUGUAGAGGUCCAGGGUGGUGAG